AUGUGGCAAGUGGUCGAAACAUCCAUUCAAGUACUUAAUAAAACACGCCGAUUGAAUGUCAGUUUUAAGAAGGCAGAAACAAAAAAUACUGCAGCUGUUUCACCAAUCUCGCGACCAUCGUGUUCGAUAACAGAACUGGUGAAAAAAACGAACUUUUCGAAAGAACAAAUUCGACAUCUGUAUCGAACAUUCAAACAAGAUAGUCCAUCUGGUCAAGUUAGUAAAGAACAUUUUGUGUCAAUCAUCUCUACACUAUUUCCGACUGGUGAAUGCUAUCGUUACUCGAUAUUUCUCUUUCGAAAUAUCGAUCGGUCCAACACAGGAACGAUUCACUUCGAAGAUUUGAUCACGACAUUCGCUUUAUUAAUACACGGUUCAAUUGAAGAACGUGUCAGUUGGGUAUUCGAUCUAUACGACUUGAACAAAGAUGGUAAAAUCACCCGAUUGGAAUUACUUCAACUAGUCGCCGCCGUGUUUCAGCUGAUUGUUCCCGUUUGUAAACUUAACUACACCUCGAUUACAAACGUUAUCGAAGAACGAACGAAUCAAUUUUUUCACAAUUGGGACAUACACGGUAAUGGUCUCAUCUACAAAGAAGAUUUUAUUCAAUACUGUUUACAGAAUGAAAUGAUCGUUUCAUCUAUGGAAAAACUAAAACCGGACAUAUCUCUAUGA